AAUUUAGACUUUUUGUUUUGUCACACAGCUCAUUUUGCAGAUGAACACCUCCGGCUGGAGCAGGAACAGGAACAAGCUCGACUAAAUGAGGCUCGGAAAAUAUCUGUUGUUAAUGUCAAUCCCACCAAUAUCAGGCCACACAGUGACACACCGGAAAUCCGCAAGUACAAGAAGCGUUUCAACUCUGAGAUCCUGUGUGCGGCACUAUGGGGAGUGAAUCUGUUGGUAGGAACAGAAAAUGGGCUCAUGUUACUAGAUCGCAGCGGUCAGGGCAAAGUCUACAAUCUGAUCAACCGCAGGCGCUUUCAGCAGAUGGAAGUUCUGGAGGGUCUCAAUGUCCUGGUCACCAUAUCAGGCAAAAAGAAUAAACUGAGGGUCUACUAUCUGUCAUGGCUUAGAAACAGGAUACUUCACAAUGACCCUGAGGUAGAAAAAAAACAAGGAUGGAUUACCGUUGGUGACCUAGAGGGAUGUGUCCAUUAUAAAGUCGUCAAAUAUGAGAGGAUUAAGUUCUUGGUGAUUGCAUUGAAGAAUUCAGUGGAGAUUUAUGCCUGGGCUCCCAAACCCUACCACAAAUUCAUGGCAUUCAAGUCUUUCACAGAUCUUCAGCACAAGCCUCUGCUUGUGGACCUGACGGUGGAGGAGGGUCAGCGGUUAAAGGUUAUCUAUGGCUCCAGCGUUGGUUUUCACGUGAUAGAUGUCGACUCUGGGAAUCCGUACGAUAUCUACAUUCCGUCCCACAUUCAGGGCAGUGUUACCCCUCACGCCAUUGUGGUGCUUCCCAAGACUGACGGCAUGGAGAUGCUUCUGUGUUAUGAAGAUGAGGGAGUCUAUGUGAACACAUACGGCAGAAUCACUAAAGACGUGGUGCUCCAGUGGGGAGAGAUGCCCACCUCUGUUGCCUACAUCCACUCCAACCAGAUCAUGGGCUGGGGAGAGAAAGCCAUUGAGAUCCGCUCCGUGGAAACGGGACACCUCGACGGAGUUUUCAUGCACAAGCGAGCACAGCGAUUGAAGUUCCUUUCGGAGAGAAACGAUAAAGUGUUCUUUGCCUCAGUCAGAUCAGGAGGCAGCAGCCAAGUUUUCUUCAUGACCUUGAACAGAAACUCCAUGAUGAAUUGGUAAUUCAUCCCCGCCCCUCCCUGCAUUGUAUCUGUGGACCUUUUCUACUUUAUUGAAAAGUGUGAAAAAAGGAAAGACAGGAACAUCCGGGUGUGCUGGAUAAUCUGGCAGACGGCAAAAAGACCAAGCCUUGCUGGGACCUUCUCAGAAGAGUCAAAGACAAACCCAAAAUCCACACGCCCCCGCCAACAACAAUGUAGAAGAAACAACCGGUCUGCGUUAUUUUGAUGGCUCUUUUAUUAACAUGCGUGGGGUUUUGGGGUUUUUGUCUGUACAAAUCUCUAUCUAGAUUCUUCUGGAGGUGAAGACUGGAAAUAUGGGGAAUAAGACCCACAGAGUAGAGUGAAUAUUUGUACUGUUAAGACACUUUUCCAUAAUAAUUUGUCACGGUUGCGCUCGAACGUCAGUAAACCUCCCUUGCGGGAUGUAUCCAUUGAGGCUGGUUUGUGUGAUCAACCCUUUUUCUUUUUUAUGUUUCAGCUUGGAAUGCACACAGAUAUUUGUGUCAUGUGGAUAUCACUCUAAUGUCUGAUAUUUAAGACUUGUAUGAUACUUUGCCACAUUAUGUUGGAGCAGACAGACUUCAGGCUGUCCACAGAAUGUCUUAAAUAUGAAUUUGCAGAGCUGCUCGGUUUAAUUUGUCAAGUCCAAAAGAAAUGGAUGUUAAUGCAUAUUUCUAUAAGGAAAUGAAAAUUCUACUUUUUGGGAUGGAAAUUGAUGCCUGCUGAUAUUGGCGUAUAAUGAAACUUUAUAAUGAUUCUGAAUAUUCAUACUGUGCAUUCCUAGUUUUAUCCCAAAGCUCUAUAGUAUUCACAUUUGGAGCCUGUGGUUUGGCAAUGUUUUCCUUGUGCUCAGGGAGAUGGUGCUGUCGAUCAGACCUUUUACAUUCAUUUCCAUUUUCUUUACAACUUAUAUUAUGGGCGAUUUAAAGGGAUAGCUCAAUUAAAAUUGCCAUUUCAGAACUGUAAGAUUUUUGUUCCUCAGUUAUACAUAAAAAGAGAAGUUUAUCACUCUUCAACGUCAUAAAAGUAGUCAAUGUGCACUGUAUUUCUAGUUUCUGAAGCCAUAUGAUUUUUUAAAAGUUAUAGUGACAAAUAACAGCCUGGACAUUGACAAAAAUAUUUGAAAGACAAUAAGACAAUAAGGCUGUUUUACUGGCCCUAUGAGAAAAUAAAUUUCCAUAUGGAUUGGAUUAGACCAUUUUUAUUUAAGGUCUGCGGAGACGAUUCUUGAACGCUUUAUCACCACAGUGCUUAGAAAGAGUCUAAAUACUUCAACUGACUGGUAAAUACUACAGAGCUUUCUGUUGAAACAUAAAAAAAUACAUUAAGAUUCUGUUUAGCGUAUCAGUUUCUUUGUAAGAGUGUGUGUUUGUGAAUGAAUGAUGAGAUGUAAUGCUUUCCACCAAUGAUACAAAAAUAACCAUUAACAUACCAGCAAUCUCAGUUGUUUUAGUAUCAGGAGUAACACGUGUCAUUAGAAUAAGAAUGUGCUGCAGUUUUGUAUUUUUAAGUUGGUUUUCUCGUGACUUUCAGCAAAGUGCAAUAAAGGCCAAGGGAAUCGAGCCUGGUGAGUCGAUUGCUCACCUCUCCUCAUGAUGGAUCUCCAACUCUUUCUAGAGGGACAUUCACUAUCACCCUCUGUAAAUAUCCACUUCCGUUUUGGAAAAAGAGUCCUGCCUCCGAAUCGAAUGAAUUUGAACUGUGAAGUUGUGACAGAAAUGUGCGACGCUGUUUGUGGUUCUGUAAGAUCCACAACCUUCACGUGAAGCGGUGAACGAAGGGUAGUGUUUUGUGAGUAGAGCUUCCUUUUAGGCUACCUCGUUUCUGUUCACCUGUUGGAUCGGUUCAGUUUUCUGUGUGGGUAAUGACUAUUGAUGCCGUAAAUCAAACCUUUGUAAGUGAAACAAUAUAAGGCAAUAUUCCAGAUCGUAGUUUGAAAAGGGGAUUAUUUAUUCUCUGGAGGGAGGAUGGGUUGUGUCUUCUUUUAAAUGCAGCCAGUAGAUCAUUGAAUUUUCAACAUUAUUCCAUUAUAAUAGGUAUAUUUUCGAUUGGCGAUGAGGAUGUUGUAAUUAACAAAUGUAAAAUAAGGCUAUGUUGUCAUUCCAUGUAUAUUCAGAGGUGAUUUGAGUGUAGAGCGCCAGAUAGAAAUAUUCAGAAAUGAAAAAAUAAUAAUAAUAUUCUUGGUGCAAUGUCUUGUGUUACAGCCAAAUCAAGUCCACACUUUAAAUUAGCCUGAUUCUUCAAUUCGUGCAACUUUUUGAUACCCACGGAUGAUUUUAAUGGAAAAUUCGUCUCUCUAAUUAUUUACACUUGAAGACAUCCUCCGUUUAUUUUUACUUUUUCAUUUUUCUAGCUUUAUUUGUAUUUUUUUAAUCAAAUACUAAUGUCAUCAUCACCAUGCCAAGAAUUGUAAUUUAUCAAUUAAUUUUCUUUCUUUUUUUUUUUUUUUUUGUUAGAAAAAGCACACAACUGACAUUACUUCCAAAUCCAAUCCACUUGAUAAGUUUUAUUAAACUGUUUGCAUUUUUAGGAUUACACAAACACAAAAAAGCCUCUAACUGCAGAAUCGCCAACUUGAAGUCCUUCCAAAUGACGUGGCAUUUUAAUCAAAUAGGUGGAAUCAAGAAAUAACAGUCCUUUAUAUACUUUUAUAUAUUUUCAUUACAGUUCUGUAAGGGCAAUAGAGUGUGAAAUUCACUUAACACAACUAGGAACUUUUGAGACUUCAUGUUUUUUGUCCAUCAAACUGUGAACUGAGUGAAUGUGUGUGGAGGUGUGAAAUGCUUAUGGGGUCUUCCCAUUCAUUUCAUCAACGGCUAUGAGGUUAGUUGAUCUCUUCAUCUCUCAUGCACCACCUUCAGUGGUAGAAAAUCUUUCGACGUGUCCUUGACCUCAUUUUCUUUCUUAAUAUGGACAUUAAUACUGUAAGUACAUCCUUUAUAUUCAGGCCGAGCGGGUUUUGUUGUUUAAUUUCUGUAUUUCUCUUUUGUUUAUGUGUAUUAAAAUUUUUGAUUUAUAGCACAACCGAGCAUUCUGGAUAUUGGCUGUUAAUUUUACGGUUGUUCCAGUGUGUGAUUGGGUGUGUGUGAUUUUAAACACUUAUUUUUAAGCAUGUAAAUACAUCAGUUAAACAAGAAAUGCAGGUAUUUGACAUUACAAUGACAAAAUGGUGAGGUUUCAAGAUUACAAGCCUUCUCUGUUACAGACAUUUGAAGCUGAAACUGGGCAUAUGUUUUGUUCUCAAAAUAUGCAGGCUGUAGUAUUUUAUAAAUAGAUUUUUAAGGCUAUUAAACUAGAGUUUUGUUCCAAAUGUAGCCUGGACUUUUAAGAGAUUGUGAUCUCAUCUAAUCUGUGCCUAGUCCAUUUAGUGGGUGUUGCAUUUUAUUGCUUACAAUUUAUUACAUAUUGUAAAUCAAACAAACAACACUCAAGUCACUCAAGUCCCCUUUGUGUCACCCACAAAACCCACAAAAAGAGCUGAAUCUUCUAAACCAAAUAUUUUAUGGUUAUAAAUACAUUUUUUACAAUCCAGUUUUCUUGAUAUUCUGAUCCAUUUUAUUUAUUGUUAUGUACAGUGCUUUAAUGCUGGUAUCUGCAUUUAGAAAGAAGCAGUAUUAUUGCUGCUGCUUUUUAAAGGGACCGUUUUCUUCAGUUGUAUUCUGGAUUAGUUUGUUUUAGAGAAAUAUGAAAUCUAUAUUAUGUCAGAGAUGCUUUAAUAUGAGUGCUUUAUUUGACUUUUUUGUUUGUUUUCUCAUUUGAAUGCAGUAUUGUUUAGUGCUUUUUCCUUAUGAAAUAAAUUCACCCCUGAAAACUGCGAAAAUGUUAUACCAUAGGGUUGUUUGUGGAUCUAGUCUUGUUAAUCUAAUACUCAGUGUGUUUAUGUUUAAAGAGGAAAACCACAGAGAGAAGACUGCAUAUCAAAUGUGAUGGCAAAGCAGGUUGGUGGAUCAGUCUAGAAAAGCUAUAGCAAUAAUGAGCAUUACUGAUUUUGUCAGUCUUCAUGUUAGACCCUUUUCUACUUUGACUGAAACUCCAGUUUUUGAUCUUAUUCAGACGGAGUCAAGCGUUUCUGAAAGAGGAGAAUGUGAAAUGGAAAAAUGGAAAUUUUAAAUUUUGGAAACUCACCCAUUGUGUUCACUUGUCACCAAAAACUGACCUUUCCUUUGCUUUUUUUUUUCUUUUUUAAGAAUAAAUUGACACCUUAAACCAG